AUGAGCGACACUGGCACAGAUGAGAGAGCCGGAAGAAGGACUUCUCCAGCUGUGAUUGCAGGUACUGGAGCGAGUUCACAUAUCCCAACAGGUCAUUCAUCGAUGCGUAUAGGUCAAUCACCUCUCAAACCAUCAGCCAAUACCAACACCAACAAUAGUAAUAAUGGUGGUAACAACACCAGCAGCACCAACACUUUGACGACACCACCAAGAAGGACACACUCGGCUUCAGUGUCGGUGAUGAUGGGCGCGCAUAACCAUCAUUCGUCAUCGGCUUCGAGCGAUUCCCCAUCGACGCCACAGUCACCAAUCAUAACACCGGGCACUGCCUCUCCGACAUUGUCGGCUGAUUCAUCGCCUGCUGCUGCCGCCCCGGCUUUGGUUAAUGGCGGGGCUGCCUCACCAGGACUCGUCUCGUCGGCACUGCCGCCACGACCAAACAAACUGGCACCAAAGCUUGCCCCGCGAUCAGCAUCAACAUUCAAAAUCACGACAUCGCCAAGCUCAUCAUCGAUGUCACUCAACACCAACGUCAAUGACCACGACUCGGACACUAGCAGCUCAAUUGGCGACAAUAACUACGAUGAGAAGGAUCUCAUCGAACAAAAGGAUGAUGACGACGACACUGAUGAGGAGAUCGAAGAGAUGCACGACAACUUUUUGAAGGAGCUCGGACUUGGCAAUGCGGACAAAAUCAAUCAGUUGAAGGAGCAGGAGAAGAGAGAGCUCGAGAUGAUGGCAGGAGGUACAAAGUUCAGAGUGACCAGAUGCUUUGUUGGUCUUGGACCAUCGGGCGCAUCGCCCUCAUCACCUACUCCAACUCCAGCGUCAGCAUCGGCACCAGCAACAUCACCAACACCAUCACCAUCAUCAGCAGCCACCACCAAUAACAACGCACCAAAUCAAAAUGCCAACAACCUUAAAUCAAGCCAAUCUAGACAGGCAGCCUACAAUCCAAGGUACUCGAUAUAUCGUCCAGUGGCGCCACCAAAGAAGCCACUGCCUCCACCACCUCGCAAACCAGCCGCCGGCGCCGUCAAGCAAUACACCAAAGCACAAGAACAAUCAGCAAUCCGUAUCCAACGAUGUUACAGACGUUACAAACAGAUGUUACCCUUUAAGAAGCUAAAGAUACUGUACAGAUAUAGAUGGAACAUUGUACAAGAGAUUGCUAGUACGGAGAGAACGUAUCUGAGGACUCUGGAGCAGUUGUCCAACUUGUUCAUCGAGCCACUGAGGAAGAAUGGCAUUGUGAGCCCAGACGACGUCAAGUUCAUAUUUGGUGGCAUCGACGCCAUCAUCGCCAUCAACAGACAGCUGCUCAGCGACAUUGAGUACAUCAUCGACAAGUCGCGCUGGACGCCAUACUCCAUCCUGGGCAAGUCGUUCACGACGAUGGGCGUCUUCCUCAAGGCCUACACCGACUAUGUCAAGAACUUUGACUCGUCGCUGCGUCGUCUGGAAGCGUGCAACAAGGACAUGAAGUUUGUGAUGUUCAUCCGUCAGGCAGAGGACCGCAUCAACCCUCGCUCGCGUCUCGAAUCACUGCUGAUCACGCCCGUCCAGCGUAUUCCACGUUAUGUACUAUUACUGCAAGACCUACUCAAGCACACUGAGAGCACUCAUCCAGACUUCCUUCACAUCUCUGAAGGACUUAAAGUGAUCAAAGAGGUGGCCAUCUCUAUCAACGACACCAAGAGACGCGCUGACAACUCACUCAAAGUCAUUGAGGCACAGAACAAGUUGGUUGGAAAGUUCCCUAACCUUGUGGUGGCGGACAGACGAUACAUUCAUGAGGGAUUCCUGAUGCAUGGCCCAUCCAACGCCAAGGCCAAGCGUGUAUAUGUAUUCCUCUUUAACGACAUUCUAUUAUUAUCAAAGCCAUCGACAACAGCCAACAUAGCCAACAUAUUUAGCAAGUCCAAGUUCAAGUUCCUCAAGAUAGACGACCUCAAGCCAAGUCCAAACAUCUCAGACAUACCAGGCAAUCCUAUAUUGUCAUUCGCGUUUGAUGUUGAGUUGCAAUCGGACACUCAUACAUUCAUGGCGGAUAGUGAUGAGACAAAGAAGUUGUGGAUGUCGCACUUUAAGAAGGUGUUUGAAGACAUCAACAACCUCCAGCCCAACAACCUGACACUGGACAAGAGGGCAGUGGAGAAGGCCGAUCAAGCCAAGACCUACAUCGACAACUAUUUCGCCAACAUAAGAGGUGAGAGCAAGUACUCAACACUGAGGCUGAUUGGAUCGGUGGGCAGGUCCACGUUUAGGAAGUCGGAUGUCGUCACGGAGGAGCAUCCAGACGGCACGGCCACCAUCUCUGAGAAGAAGAGGACAGGUCCACCAUCUCUCAACAAGAUCUUCUCAUCAAUCCAGCUCAAAGACAAGGACAAGGAGAAGGAGAAAGAGAAAGAGACCACCAAGGCAAAGACUGCGCCUCCUGCACUCGGCCUGCCGCCUCUCAAUGGCGGUGGAGCCCCUGGUGGCAAUAAGAGUAUGCUCAACCUAUCAUCGUUCAGUAAUGGAGGUGCCGGUGGCGGUGCCGCUGGUGGCAACAAGAGCACACUCAACCUCUCAGCGUUGAACAACGAACUCAAGAACAGACAGAGUGGACAUUAG